AUGAGACUCUUUGGAACAAUAGUCUGGAUUUUGGUAGCUUCUACCCGAAUUCCACUGCCACUGCUGCAGGGAUGGGUGAUGUUUGUAGCGGUGACUGCGUGGUUCCUGUCCAUUGUGUUCCUCUGUGUGUUCCUCUUCGGUUAUGCAAAUAGAAUUGCUGUCAACUGGAACCAGACGGAUUUUCUUUUCCAUGGGACUACUUUUGUCUUUUAUUUUGGAGCUUUUCUACUGCAAGCAGCAACUACAUCUCUGCAUCACUUUCCCCGCAAAUUCAAUUCCACCACACAAGAGACGAUUCUAGCUGAUCAUGAAUAUAACAUAAGCAUAGCAGCCUCGAUUUUUGCCUUUGCAACAGCAGUUUGUUACGGUUGCAGUACAGCCCUGGCAUUGAGGAGAUGGAGGCUAUAGCAGUUGAAGAGAGGUUAAUGCCUGAGUGUUCCACUUCAGAUCAAACUAAGUGCUACUUGUCUGUUUUACUGUAAUCUAAUUCCAAAAAGACUUUUUUUUUUUUUUUUUUUUUGCUUAAAAUCUGUUUUAAAGUGCUGAAAUGCAAGUAACCCCUAAUCAGGAUUUUCUAAACAGAAAACAAGUUUCCAUCUCUUGCCUUCCUAAUUUUUACUUUUAUUGUGUACUCACUAGAAGCAUACUAAUUGUAUGGUAUUACAGAGUUCAGGGAUAAAUAGAUGUGUCAUUAGCAGAUAACAGGAUUCUAGUACUAAAUCAGAAGAGGAAGAAAAUGGAAACUAGACAAACUUGUUAACUGUGUAGGCAGCUAAAAAGCUCCCCCCUUGUUAAGCCCUGGUGUUGGGCCGUAGGUGUUCUGCAGCGUUACGGUGCGUUCCUCACGGGCAGAGGAGCCUUGAGGCUCCGUGUAGACCCCUGGGGUUUUCUGCGUGCUGCUCCUUGCGUGAUCAGAGCCCAAGCUGACUUUGUGAUACCAACUUAGUAUAUAUAUUAUUAACUUUCAUGUACAGAGAAAAUAUUUUAAAUAUCCACCCAGUGAAAUCUUCUGAUACUGUUUUAUAGCCAUAUCCAGCUAGCGUCAUCUGGGCCUUAAAGCUUUCUGUGUUACUUAAUAGAUGGAAACUGUUUGGAACUGUCAGUCAAUAGUUCAUUAGUUUUAGGAAUUUAGCUUAAUCAGAUCUAUUUAUACUGCAAAACAAAACAGUGCAUUUGUGUUGUGUGUGUAUAUACAUGGUAUAUUUUUGUUGAACAGGAAUAUUUGCACUGUUUUACUUUGUUGGAGUACAACUUUGUUUUUGUUACUUCAAGUGCUGCAUUUGUUACUUAUUAUGUGAGUCAAUAUCAUUUGAAUGGAAUGUAACCAAAUGGUGAAUAAUGUCUGACCUCGAUUCUUGCAGUGUGUUAUUUGUUGCAUUCUAAACCUGCAGUGUUGUAAAGGUGUUUUUAUUUGGACAGAUGCCUCUGCAACAUACUGAAAGCAGUGGAAUGCAAAGCCAUCCGCCCACUAUGGAGUUUGCUUUUGGCACGAAUGAAGUUUAAUUGAGCCUCUCUUGCAUAUCCCUGUUGUAUAAUGACAUGCGAUAUUAUACAUAGAAAAUUAAUUUAACAGAACUAAACAAUAGCAUUGCAGUCUGGUCCGUAACACUCAUGCAGUUUUGCAGAUGGUGAAACUUUUUUUUAUAAUGCUAGUAAAUAAUUUUUACACUUGUGAAAUUGUGCCAAAUUGAUACCCUGGGAGAACGAAGGCUUCCUGUCAUUCAUAGAACAACUUGCUCCCCGCAUCUUGCCAGUGCACCUGCAUGUUCUGCAGAGACCAGCAGUGGUUGGGUGAGGGAGGACAGGACUUUCUUCAUUCCCAGGCCUACUCAUUCUCCUUGAGACAACAAGGGUGUCUGCUGUGAAGGUUACUUUAUCAGACUUGUCAGGUACAAGGAUCUCUGAGAGCCAGCCACCCCUAGUAGUGCCCUGCAGUCCCCGCUGACCCAGGACAGGUUCUUAUGGAUGAGACAGCAGUCAGUGGCAGCCCCUCCAACUGCUGGAACCACUCGGUCAUCCUGAAUUACUGCAAUGGAAUGUUUUCAUGUAUCUUGUUUUCUGAAAUUUUUAUCUUCCAAAGAUUUUGUACUCUGGCUGAUUUUUAUUUUUUUUUCUAAUUCUCUACUUGCAUUGAAACUUGUUUCGUGGAUGUUUUAUCUAGAGCCAUCGACUCUUCAAAAUACUUCGUAUUGUAUAAAAAGCAUUUACACUGGAUUAUACGGAUGAAAGUAUAUAACAAAGACUUAUGCUAAG